GAAGAGAACCGAAAACACUUUCGCCAUUCUGUGAUUUUCUCAAUUUCUUUGGCGGGAAAACGAAGAGGGAUGAAUAUCGGAAUGUUGCAAGAAUUGGAGGGAGUUCCAAGAGUGACAGAGACAACAGAGAUGGGGGUUUCGGAUAAUUGCAAGGGGUUGAUACUUGCGGUGUGUUCUAGUGCAUUCAUUGGUUCAAGCUUCAUCUUGAAGAAGAAGGGUCUUAAGCUUGCUGCUGCACGCGGCACUCGUGCAGGAGUUGGUGGUUAUACUUAUCUGCUAGAGCCACUUUGGUGGGCUGGUAUGGUAACAAUGAUUAUUGGGGAGGUUGCAAAUUUUGUGGCUUAUAUAUACGCUCCGGCUGUUUUGGUUACUCCCCUUGGUGCACUUAGUAUUAUUGUCAGUGCUGUUUUGUCUCACUUCUUGUUGAAGGAACGGCUUCCCAAGAUGGGGGUGUUGGGAUGUGUAUCUUGCGUUGUGGGAUCAAUUAUUAUUGUUAUCCAUGCACCACAAGAGCAUACUCCGGAUUCUGUCCAAGAAUUAUGGGAUCUGGCCACUCAACCAGCAUUUCUGAUUUACGCGGUGGCAACAGUCUCAGUAGUUUUGGCCUUGAUCAUACACUUUGAACCUCUCUAUGGACAGACUAACAUGGUUGUCUAUUUGGGAAUUUGUUCAUUAGUUGGCUCACUUACGGUUGUGAGCACAAAGGCUAUUGGAAUUGCUAUAAAGCUUACCCUUGAUGGAAUAAGUCAAGUAGCCUAUCCUCAAACUUGGUUUUUCCUUUCUGUGGCCACAAUAUGUGUCAUUACACAGUUGAAUUACCUAAACAAGGCUCUGGAUACAUUCAAUACAGCAAUUGUUUCUCCUGUAUAUUAUGUUAUGUUCACGACUCUUACUAUCAUUGCCAGUGCAAUAAUGUUUAAGGAUUGGUCAGGCCAGAAUGUCAGCAGCAUAGCAUCUGAGAUAUGCGGAUUCAUCACUGUUGUUUCAGGAACAAUUAUAUUGCAUAUGACUAGAGAACAGGAAGAACCUAAUAUGCAAGGGACCUUGACAUGGUUUAUCGGGGAGGAUAUGGUGAAGGGUGUUGAAGAUGAACGCCUGAUCAUAAUACACGAUUCGGAUUAUCUUGAACGUUGACUUUUCCUUCAAGGUUAGGUCCAUGUGAUAUUACAUUUUUUAUCCGCAAUGGUAAAAUGAUGUGAACCUGCCCUUGGUCGCAUGAUGUGGUGCUUUUGCAGUGUGGAUUGCUUGUCCGGGAACUUAAUAAAUUCAAGCAUCCACGGUGCUCUAUAGUUUUCUGAUCAUUUUCGUGGAGGCUGUUUGCACACCGCUGUUGACUGGAGCCAUCUCAGAACACUUGUUGUAUGCUAAUCGUGAUUCAAGUGCUGCAUCAUUUUCCUGAUAAAAUGUGACUGCUGUCUCAUUGCAGCAAGCGAGAUUUUUGUAGCAAUAUCAUGCCAUGUUCUAUUUCCAGGGCAGGCAGUGUAAUUUUUUCUUUUAUUAUUUUUAUAGGAAGUGAGCAAUUGUUCAUAUCGAU